AUGAGCUGUUGCCAGCAAGACAGUUGGAGGCAGAGGAAGUACAUUCUUGGUGCAUAUGGACUCUCUCAUCGUCGACCGUGGAAGCAGGACUUCGUGGACUGCCGAGUGCUCGAACCUAGAGUCAUCGAACAGAAUAGUGUUCGAGAUUGGCUUCGAGUUGUCCUACUGCAGCCAGUAGACACAAAGACGAAAUACGUGCAAGUUCCUGUGGUAAAGACAGUGGACAGAUACGUGCCUAAGAUCACCUACGAAGAGAAAAUCGUCGAAGUUCCACGGUCUGUCCACAAGACAGUGCACAAAGUCGUCGAGAAGCCAUACGUCAAGUAUGUCGACAAGUAUGAAGAGGUUCCAGAAAUCCGGUAUACGUAUACGUACGUCCCAAAAGAAACGAUUCAAGAACGAACUAUCUACAAAGCGAAGCCAGUGACAGUCGAAAAAGUGGAGUAUAAGGAGAGGCCGCAGAUAAAGUACGUCGAUAGAUAUGUAGAGGUACCAUGUUACCAGGAAGUGGUACGUUUUGAGCCUGCCCCACUCAUGCCGCUUCCACAACAGGAUCACGGCGGGCAAUCGGCCGAGCGGGAACAGAAUCGUUGCACUUGUCAAAUACCCACCGAUGAGAAAAACCUCGUCAGGUGA